AUGGUUAAAAUAUAUGCUGGCGAGAAGAAUGAAGGAAAUGAGAAGCAUACAUCAAAGAGCAUGAUUGGGCUGAUUCUGGACAUAGUACUAUGCAGAGGCGAUUUAGAAUCUACAGGGAAACGGGAAGUCGAGCCAAUCUCCAUCAAAGAAUUGUUUCGAUUUGCUACUACGCGUGACAAGUGUUUUCUUACCAUAGGAGCUAUUUGUGCUCUUCUAAGUGGCGCUAUCCAGCCAUUUGUUCUGAUAUUGGGCGGCUGGAUCACUAGUCUCUAUCUUCGACCUGAGGAGAAGAUGGGAAACGACAAAUUCAGCGAUGAAGUCACGUCCUAUAUCAUAUGGCUGGGUGCAGCGGGUGUUGCAGCUUUAAUAACGUCAUUCUUGCAGAAAGAAGAACUGCAUUGUACUCGCCUACGACCAGGUGAUGUGGGAGGGAGGAAAGAAGGCGCCUCUCCGAAACUGUAUCGCGAAAAUCCAACGAAAUACAAAUAA